AGGAGGAGGCGGCGGUGGCGGCUCUGGGCGAGGGAGCGCGAGGGGAGUAAGAGGCGCCGUUGCCGCCCCGGUAUCCGGCAGGACCGCGCGGAGGAGGCGGGAGCGCCCCGGCGGCGGAGGGACCUGCGUGGCGACGGCGGCAGCAGCAGCAGCAGCAGCAGCAGCAGCAGGAGGAGUCAGUGCCCGGCCCCCCCCCCGCGCAGCCCCGUUGCAGCCCCCCCCCCUCCCUCCCGCCCUCCGCAGCCACCAACAUGUCGGCGCCGGCGGCCAAAGUCAGUAAGAAGGAGCUGAACUCCAACCACGAUGGGGCCGACGAGACCUCAGAAAAAGAGCAACAGGAAGCAAUUGAACACAUUGAUGAAGUACAGAACGAAAUAGACAGACUGAAUGAACAAGCCAGUGAGGAAAUUUUGAAAGUAGAACAGAAAUACAACAAACUCCGCCAACCAUUCUUCCAGAAGAGGUCAGAAUUGAUCGCCAAAAUCCCGAAUUUCUGGGUAACAACAUUUGUCAACCACCCACAAGUAUCUGCACUGCUGGGAGAAGAAGAUGAGGAAGCACUGCAUUACUUGACCAGAGUUGAGGUGACAGAAUUUGAAGACAUCAAAUCAGGUUACAGAAUAGAUUUUUAUUUUGAUGAGAAUCCCUACUUUGAAAAUAAAGUUCUCUCCAAAGAGUUUCACCUCAAUGAAAGUGGAGACCCAUCUUCAAAAUCGACUGAGAUCAAAUGGAAAUCUGGAAAGGACCUGACAAAACGCUCAAGCCAGACACAGAACAAAGCCAGUAGGAAGAGGCAGCAUGAAGAGCCAGAAAGCUUCUUCACCUGGUUCACUGAUCACUCUGAUGCAGGGGCUGAUGAAUUAGGAGAAGUCAUCAAGGAUGACAUCUGGCCAAAUCCCCUACAGUACUACUUGGUUCCUGAUAUGGAUGAUGAAGAAGGGGAGGGAGAGGAGGAUGAUGAUGAUGAUGAAGAGGAGGAAGGAUUAGAGGAUAUUGAUGAAGAAGGAGAUGAAGAUGAGGGGGAGGAAGAUGAAGAUGAUGAUGAGGGAGAGGAAGGAGAGGAGGAUGAAGGAGAAGAUGACUAAUUGAACACUGAUGGAUUCCAAACCCCCUUUUUACCUUUUUAAUUUUUCUCCAGUCCCUGGGAGCAAGUUGCUGUCUUUUUUUUCUUGUGCUCAGUCGCCUUGUUCUCUUGAGGUCUCUUUUUCUCUCCUCUACACCAUGGUUCACGAUUUAUUUUGGGGAAAUACCUUGAGCAGAAUACAGUGGAAAAGAAUCUACCAGUUUCUGUUCCAAGUUCAUUUUUAUCCCUUUCUCUCUCAAAACAAAAACUGUUUAUGAAUCAAACACACCAUGUUCUGUGGGAAAAAAGAAAACCUUCUGCUCCCUUCACUCUGCUGGAAGCUGAAGAGUGCUAGGCCCCUGUGUAGUAGUGCAUAGAAUCUAGCUUUUUUCCUUCUUUCUCUGUAUAUUGGGCUCAGAGAUUACACUGUGUCUCUAUGUGAAUAUGGACAGUUAGCAUUUACCAACAUGUAUCUGUCUACUUUCUCUUGUUUAAAAAAAAAGAAAAAAAACAACAAAAAAAAUAAAAAUAAAAAUGGGGUUAUAGAAGGUCAGCUGGGGUGGGUUUCAGAAGUUUGGGUGGGUUAAGUGGGCAUUUUGACAACAUGGCUUCUUCUCCUUUGGCAUGUUUAAUUGUGAUGUUUAACAAACAUCCUUGCAGUUUAAGAUGACACUUUUAAAAUAAAAUCUUCUCCUAAUGAUGACUUUGAGCCCUGCCACUUGAUGGAGAAUCAGCAGAACCUGUAGGAUUUAUUUGGAAUUGACAUUCUCUAUUGUAAUUUUGUUCUUGUUUAUUUUUAAAUUCUUUUUUUUUUGUUUGUUUGUUUUGGUGUUUUUUUCUUCCUUUUUUUGUUUUUUGUUUCACUGGAAAGGAAAGAAAGAUGCUCAGUUUUAAACGUUAAAGUGUACAAGUUGCUUUGUUACAAUAAAACUAAAUGUGUACACAAAGGGACUGGUUGGUCUUCACUGAAAGAAACAGUUUUUAUAUCCUGUUUAGAACUUGCUUGUAGUUUCUUGACAUUUUUGGGGGCAUUUUGUCAGUAUUUCUGUAGUGCAGUGCAGGCUUGUGGUUGUGUGGACUGAACCAGUUCAUGUAGUUUCCACUAUUUCAGUACCUGUAAAGUGUUUCCUUUGGUAGUUCCUAAUGCACACUGAACCCUUGAGUUCCCUGUAGGGUCAUGUGCUGUGUGAAGAUACAAGUGUAUAUUCAUGUUUUGCAAAAAGGAAAGUCCC